AUGACGUCAGAAUAUCUGAUCACUGUUGUCACAGGAAGCAGAAAGGGAGCUGGGACAGACGCCUCGGUAUCUCUCGUUAUCAAAGGUAUUGAUCCUAGUGCUAUAAAUUGCUUCAUGUACUCUCUUAGGACGUGCGAAGGUUGGAGAGCUGUGAGAAGUGGCUUUGGUGAAAAACUUAAGCAUUUCUUGGUCUGACAAAGUCUGUAACGAAGACGUAUUGAGGCGUAAUGGUGAGGAGAGGGCCAUCAUAUCUGUUAUCAACAGAAGACAGAGUCUGGCUUGGUCAAUGGUCAUACCCUACGACAAGUUUAUCUUGUCUCAUUAGUUAUUGAGGGAAGAGUAAUAGGAAGGAGACCAUACACCUGGAAGACCUCGAGCGGGAAUGCUGGAUAGAGUGAAGGAUGACAGCCCUUACGUAGCGGUCAAGGGGUGUGCCCUAGAUCGAGAACUAUAGGGAAGGACCUGUCUGUGGGCAAAACACACACACACACGCUGUUAGAACCGGCACCAUUCCCUGGUCCUGAGGCGGCUAGUGGAGUAUGAGUCGAUUCGGGUCGUUCGAGACGAAUCCGAACAAAUAUGUACGAUUGUCUUCAUAUCAAAAUGACAUAUUUGUUGUGUGUUGGUGAAAUGUCAAACGCAAUACAGUCUACGUAAAACAGGUUUCUGCUUUCUUUUCAGUGAAGUUUUUUCGUCUAUUGUCAACCAUUUUUCUGUGCCCGACUUGUCAAGGGCUAAACAGAAGAAAUGUCGUAACCAAGUUGUGCCUAUUUCUAUAAGGUACCAAUGGUGAAACUGAUGCUUUAAGCCUUGACAAAUGGUUUCACAAUGACUUUGAAGCUGGACAAAAAGAUGAGUAUCAAAUUACUGCCAAAGACGUUGGCGAACUUCUGUUGGUGACACUGAAGAAUAACCAAGGUGGCCUUUACAGUGAUUGGUUUGUAAACCGCGUUACGAUCAAAAUCAAAGGCAAGGACACCGUCUAUGAUUUUCCAUGCAACCGCUGGGUGCAAAGCGAGACCAUCAUCUUCGAAGGAGCAGGUAACGUGAACUAAGGGCUCUUUCCAAAAGUCAGAAGAAGGCGGCCGAACCGAUCCGUUCGAAAAUGAAUAGGCUUUUUUAAAAAGUUUUCGGUUACAAACCAUCGACCCCAUGCAGAUUAUUUUGCUGAUUUUACUGAUCGGGCUGGACAAUUUUCAUUAAAAGUGAAAUUCUCUUUACGACGGGGAAUAGUCUGGCCGCUGCCAGUUCUGAACAAAUGGAAAGCGCUCUAAGCAGUCCAAGUUAGAGAAAAGAAAGAAAAAUAGGCUAUUGUGGACACAGUACAACUAAUAUCUGCUUUUCCGUAUUUUUUGAUAUUGUUUCUUGAGCAUGAAAAUAAUUUUUUCAGUGAUGUAAACUUGUCACGUUUGAAGACUUUGAACUUUGCAGAAACAACGUUCAGCUUAUUUAUUUCAAAGAAUAAACAUGAUUAUAUCCUGCCCCAUCUUUGUUGAAGGAAUUUAUAUUGGCCGUUUGGCAUGGAUUUUAGAUGCAGAGUGAAAAACAAAAUAGGGCAUCAAAGUGUCAUCCCCGCUUGCAGAUCCAAUAUCAUCUUUUCGAAUCACUGCCACUAACUGCCAACUUUUUCUUUAAUUUGAUGGUGUUGAAUUUGUUUUAUUUCAGCUAAACUGCCUACAGAUAAACAGCACGGCUCUGUUAAGUCCCAGAGAGAAGAAGAGCUCAAGCAGAGGCGUUCCCUUUAUGAAUGGGGGACCGAUGCAGCCUACUCCGAUCUUCCUGGUUUCGUAAAAGCUUCAGGUGUUAAAAAGCUACCGAGAGAUGUACAGUUCACUGAAGAAGCUUCCUACGACCUGCAUGCUGCACGGAGAAAUGCUUUGAUAAACAUGGGCCUUGUGCAUCUGUUUAAUAUUUUUGACUCGUGGGACGACUUUGAUGACUACCGCAAGGUAUUUUGGUUGCUGUGACUCACUCUGACGACGGCGACGGCAGCGAGAACGUCACUUUUAAAAGAAUUGGCGUUUUUUCAACUUUAUCGCGUUUAUUCCAAACUGCUGAAAAUAUCAAAUAUAGGCGAAUUUCCCUAGAGUUGAUUUCUUGGGGACCACACUCAAGUUUUGAAAGAGAAAGAAAAAUUCGUUAUCGCUUGUUUACGUCCUCCAUAAAACGUGAGAUUAGGGAUUUUCACGCCGUAGUCGUGCAGUGACGCCAAAGAAAUGUACAAAAAAGUGUCCUGCACGUGCAAAGUAGUUGUUUUGCUAAUCAAGCCUAUUGCUUUUUCGACGUUCUAGCUGCCGUCGCCGUUGUAGUUGCUAAAGCUCCCUAUUGUGUCGCAGGGAGUCUGGGAAGAAAGAAUAAGAAAGCGCGGGGCACGAGGGGAAGGGAAGCCUUUCCCUCUUCCCAUCGUCCACCGCGCAGUUCCUAUUUUUCAAUUAUUGCUAUUUUUAUUGAAAUACCCAGCAGAAGCCUCUGCGGAGGAGAGAAUUGCUGUGAGACUCGUGCAUUUUAUUCCCCUCAAGUUUACAAUUCGACGUCGCCGUCGAGGAUUUCCUUCCGGACCCGGAAGAGCGGUAGAAAUUGCGCCUAGCAGAGAGUUAAAAGAAUAAAAGAAAGAACGGAGACUAAGCCCAUAUGAAUUAUUUGUCGGGUUUUACGUUGUAAUGUCUACUGAUUAUUUUUAAUUUGGUUGUUGUGGCUGUUUCUGGCCCUUUUUUUUAUUAUUUUCUAUAGUACUUCCUAGUUACGCUGAUUGAUAGUCAUUCUAAAACAACACAAAAUAAUAAAAAUAACACUUAUUCAUCCGAAAUUUUUCCAUGCAACGUUUUCCUUUGCACUUUAAAAAUCUUGCACAACUAAAACAUUUAACACCCUAGAGGAAAAGUUCUUUAUCUGUUCCAUACCCCAAGGAAAACAUUAAGAUUCACAAAAUCAACUUUUUUCGAGGGAUCCUACAUAUAAGGUGUUGUGCACAACAAACACAAAUGAGAUAGAGCAAGGGCAGUUACGCGAUCAAUAUCCAAGGGUGCCAAUGCAUUAUAAUUUACUGGACCCGCUCAGAGACUUCUGGCGGAAAACGGAAAAUUUUUGCUGGAAGUUAUCUCCAAGUAGCCAAUGAGAGCCCUCACUGUGGGUAAAGAAAAUCCAGUGAAAUUAUAUAUAACUUACGGGUACCUUGCAAAAAGUUUCACAAAACUUUGCUUGCUUUUGUUGUUGUUGUUGUUCCAGGCUCUCAAUUAGACGGAAUAACGGAAUGAAAAGCGAACGCGAGAGAAAAAAAAUGGAUUACAUGUUUAAACAUUUGACUCUUCUAUUCGCUUUGUAGGCAUUCACCGGUUUCAUAGGUGAGGUACCCAAAGCAGCAGACCAUUGGAAGGAUGACCGUUUCUUUGGAUCUCAGUUUCUGAACGGGUGUAAUCCAGACUCAAUCAAACGAUGCACCCAACUCCCAACAAACUUUCCCGUCACACAGCAGUUGAUCGGGAACCUUUUGGACACUGGAGACACGUUGGAGAAAGCCAUGAAUGUGAGAUAUAUUAAAUUUAUUUAGUGCUGNAUGCAACGUUUUCCUUUGCACUUUAAAAAUCUUGCACAACUAAAACAUUUAACACCCUAGAGGAAAAGUUCUUUAUCUGUUCCAUACCCCAAGGAAAACAUUAAGAUUCACAAAAUCAACUUUUUUCGAGGGAUCCUACAUAUAAGGUGUUGUGCACAACAAACACAAAUGAGAUAGAGCAAGGGCAGUUACGCGAUCAAUAUCCAAGGGUGCCAAUGCAUUAUAAUUUACUGGACCCGCUCAGAGACUUCUGGCGGAAAACGGAAAAUUUUUGCUGGAAGUUAUCUCCAAGUAGCCAAUGAGAGCCCUCACUGUGGGUAAAGAAAAUCCAGUGAAAUUAUAUAUAACUUACGGGUACCUUGCAAAAAGUUUCACAAAACUUUGCUUGCUUUUGUUGUUGUUGUUGUUCCAGGCUCUCAAUUAGACGGAAUAACGGAAUGAAAAGCGAACGCGAGAGAAAAAAAAUGGAUUACAUGUUUAAACAUUUGACUCUUCUAUUCGCUUUGUAGGCAUUCACCGGUUUCAUAGGUGAGGUACCCAAAGCAGCAGACCAUUGGAAGGAUGACCGUUUCUUUGGAUCUCAGUUUCUGAACGGGUGUAAUCCAGACUCAAUCAAACGAUGCACCCAACUCCCAACAAACUUUCCCGUCACACAGCAGUUGAUCGGGAACCUUUUGGACACUGGAGACACGUUGGAGAAAGCCAUGAAUGUGAGAUAUAUUAAAUUUAUUUAGUGCUGAGGCCCUUUUCACACAAGUAUUAGUUCGAAAAAGGUGGUUUAAAAACGUAUCAAAUGCAGGCGUACAAACCAGGUUUUCCAGAUUUAUUUUGCCUUUCCACAUUGGGAAGCUGUCAAAAAACAUCUGGCGCCGGAUAAGCUUACGUUUUCUUUUCCAAGCUCUUCUCAGCCGUUAAGUCAAAAUAUCCCUUGGUAAUCAUAUAGCGUCUCAAAGGCCAGUAACCCAAUCCGGCAAUUUUUCAUGCCAUCAUUGUAGUGAUUUUUUAUGUGAUUUCAAGUCCGAUUUUAGCCCACGUGUAAGUACUCCAUUUAUGGCGAUCUCCCGAGCGAAGCACGGGAGACCGUGCGAGCGAGGGGCACCCCUCGCACUCGUGCCGCCUCCUUUCGUGUGAUGUUCGCGGGUGAUUUCUCGCAGCUUCCCAAUUGGUGAGAGCUUGCCCAUUGGCCAGCCCGAUUAGCCUGCGUGUAAGUACUCCAUUUAUGGCGAUCUCCCGAGCGAAGCACGGGAGAUCGCACGAGCGAGGGGCGGAGGAAAAGGAACUUUCUUUCUCCGCCUCUAGCACUCGCGCCUCCUUUCGUGUGAUACUCGCGGUUGAUUUCUCGCAGCUUCCCAAUUGGUGAGAGUUUGCCCAUUGGCCAGCCCGAUUUCAUAUCACUUGUUUAAUCUAGCGGUGUUUCAUGGCGCUAGAUUUCAUGGUAAUUUCUGGCCGCUAAAACACUGCUGUUUCUUAGGCCUGCAUGACAUUUACACGGUUUAUUGGCGAUGUUCUUCGUGAGAGCUACUUAAACGGUACCUGGGUGGACUCUACCCCGACAGGUUAAUAACUGAAGCUGCCAUGUAAAAUCAAACCAGGAGUUCAUAAUAUCGCCGCAAAAUCGUAAAGUAUUACCAGUUUAAACCGAUUUUAAGUGGUUAGUUUAAUAAUUUACAGGCUGGUCGGGUCUACAUAGUAGAUUAUGAAAUCUUGGAGGACAUCCCCCACUAUGGUCAGGACCGGGAGGACCUGGAAAGGAGAUACAUGUGCGCAAGCUUUGGUCUGUUUUAUGUGAAAGGAAGCGGGAACCUGGUGCCAAUAGCAAUCCAGCUACAUCAGCAGCCCAGUCCAGAUAAUCCAAUAUGGACUCCGAAUGACUCCGACUUGGACUGGAUUUGCGCAAAGUUGUGGUUACGAAAUGCGGACACUCAGUAUCAUCAGGUAACUAUCCACAUAUUUCCAUUCAAUGGAGAUCUUAAGAUUCUAAGUCAAGGACGAAUACCAGGACGAGAUUUUUACAAUACCAAGUAGUGCGCGCACAUGAAACAGCGUCAUUCGGCGGGAAAACGUGAUAGCAGUCGUCACUCUUCAACGGGUUUUAGCGAGAAUGUCGUAGCAGCGGAAACAAUGAAUCUUUCCAGGGUGUAAAAUUUUUGAGAAUACGCGAAAAACUUUAAAGUUAAAUCUCGCUCUCGUAUUCUUCCUCGUCAUCGAAUAGAAAGGUCCCUAAGCAUUUUAAGGAUGCGCGCAGCCUUCCAACGAAAGUUCUGGACCAACUGUGGAAAGUAGAUGAUACUAUCACGCUUUACAAAAAAAAACCUUGCUUUUUAAUUUGUGCUUUGCGUUUUUUUUUUUUUAAGAUAGCAUCAGUCAAAGGAACCAAUUUAGAUUCCUUUUCAACAUAUUUUUUUUCUUUUUAAAAAUCCCUUUCAGAUGAUUACUCAUCUUCUUCGAACUCAUCUCUUUAUGGAACCGAUCGCGGUUGCCAGCUACCGACAACUGCCUACCAUCCACCCCCUGUGGAAACUGCUGUCACCACACAUCCGAGGGGUUCUCGCCAUCAACACUCUGGGGCGAGAUCGCCUGAUUGCCGAGGGAGGGGUGGCCGAUCUCACCCUUACGGUGGGUGGUGGAGGUAUGUAAAGCACUCACUACUAUUAACCACAUACAACAUUGAUUCAAAUCAAGAAAUAAAUGCAGAAACUAAAUCGAAGUAUACAUUUUGUUUUUUUAUCUACUGAGGCCAAACGAAGCGUGAACUUAAAAUUUAGUGCCCCUAGAGGGUGGGCGUUUAAAAUGACAAAACAUGGGUACUUACCAAUUACGCGGGAAAACCGGAAAUUCCGGGUGAAAAAUAAAAUGGUUCGCGCCAUUUCGUUUGGGAAGCUUCAGAAAAUAUGGGCUGUAAUUUAAGGGGAUAAAUUUUUUCUAUUUGUUUUCGCUAGUCUCUUCAGCUGAUCUGAAUAUAUUAUGUACCAGGUCGCUCUCCCACCAUGUCAAAUUUUAUAGUUUCAUGUUUAUGCAAAAGAUCUCCACCCGGAAGGUUUGGGUAAAUUGCAAUUGUAAGCACGCAUAUUACUUGCAGAGAAAAACACGAAAUUCUUUCGCUUAGACUCAUCAUAACAAUUGCUGUAUACUUCGUAAUAAAAUAGAGUUCGUCUUUGUUUUUGGACAGGACAUAUUACGCUAAUGAAAAAGUACUACAAGGCCCACAGCAAUUGGAAGACCUAUGACAUUCCCCAAGUUUUGAAGGAAAGAGGAGUCGAUGAGGUAGAUAAACUGCCCAACUUUCAUUACCGUGAAGAUGCUUUAAAACUAUGGGCAGCAAUCAAAGAAUUCGUCAAGGAGAUCAUAUCCGUUUAUUAUAGUUCUGAUGAUGCCAUAAAGAAGGUAAGAUGGUAUAUUAUUAAGGAAAAAUGAAACUAGACAACCAUAUUCAAAGAAAAAUAUAUUUAAAAAAAAUAAAAAACUGACGGCUUGCUUUGAUCAAAAAUUGUGUAUCAAGAAGAGGUGCAAUUAGCUGUCCGGACAUUAAAAAGUACGGCAGACUCCCGCAAGAAAAAAGCCAAAAUACCGUAAAAUUCCAAAAAUAAGCACAUCCAUGUAACAGGUAACGCAAAAAAGCCCUACGUUAAAUCGCCCCUCCAAUAUAUAUAAGCCCCUCGGGGCGUGUACUUGGAAAAUUUCCCUCAGAUACAAAGUAAAACAAAGCAAAAACGAUAAAUUUCCUUCCAAAUAUAAGGCUAGCCUAAUCGAUUUUGAAACGCAAAUUUCCCUCCGUAGAUAAGCCCCUCCGAAUAUAAGCCCCUCAAAAAGGGCCUUUGAAAAAUGUAAGCCCUGGGGCUUAUUUUCGGAAUUUUACGGUAUUCCAGUUUAAUUGGUUUCCUGAAUGUUCUUAACCGUAGUGCCCCGCUUUUGUAUUUGUGAUUAUUGUUAUAAUUACUGUGAAAGAUGAUUUUGCCACAUGUAGUGUAAUGCAAUGCAAGGCAGUCUUGGAUCCUGGAUUCUAUGCUGUGGAUUCCGAAUUCCAUGUACUGGAACUGGGAUUCCGGAUUUCAAUAGUACAUAGGAUUCCGGAUUCCUUGAGCUGGGUCGCGGAUUCCAAAGCCCGGGAUUCCGGAUUUCACUAUCAAAAAUUUACUGGAUUCUGGAAUCCGAUUUGCCUUACAUGGGGCAAAUGAUUUAUUAUCAAAACAGGAUUAUGAGUUGCAGAACUGGAUAAAAGAUUUGCACGAUAACGGAUAUCCGGUCACCAAAGGGCACGCUGACCAUGGCGUGCCCAAGUCCUUCACUAGCUGCCAACAGUUGUGCGAAUUUCUGGAAUGCAUUAUCUUCACCUGUGCCUGCCAGCACGCAGCGGUUAAUUUUUCACAGUUGGAUGUGUACGGUUUCCCGCCAAAUUCCCCAGCUCUUAUGCGCCAGCCACCACCCACAAAGAAGGGCGUGGUCACAAUGGAGCACAUGAUGAAAUGCCUGGCUACUAAGCACCAAGUGUCGAUGACUAUCGCUACAGUGUACGAUUUGACUCGUAUUUAUCAGGAUGAGGUAAGCUUUACUGUAGUGUUCUACGUUGCAGCAUUGAAAACGCCUGUACAAUCAAAUUCAAAAUGACCAGCAUCGCAAUAGCAAGGCAAAUUGUUAAUGGCUUCCUGUAGAACAAAAUAAUUUUCUUUUACCCUUUUAUUGGUGAGCUUGCGCAGCAGGAUAGCAGAGAGAAGAGGACGGCAAAACUUUCUCGUGUGACAAACGUGACAGGCCUAUUACUUGCGUGUUUUGUAGUGAUCUUCAUUUGACAUUAAUAUGUUGUGGUCUGUUACAAAAGAGAUCUGUUUAAAGAAAGGUUAGUCAGCCGGAAAAACGUUUUCGAACAAAAUGUUUGUCACGCUUUUCACACAAGGUUUGUCGUCUUGAUACGUUUUGAUUCUCUGUUGUCCUGUUGGGCAAGUUAACUAUUGUGCCUCAAGACAAUAUUACAGAGCUUAAGAGAUAUUGCAAACUUGUUGCCAAGUAUUAAUUUCCCGCAUAAUUAUAGGGAGCAUAUUGCAGGCGGCCUGUGCUUAAUAUUUAUUUCAGUUUCAUCACAUUGGAUAGUUGGUUAGUUAUUUACUAAAAUGCCUUUUACAAAUGUUGUUUUCAGAGUCUGAAUGCUACUUACGAAACAUUUAUUUCCUCCACAGAGAUUCAUUGGCGACUAUCGUGAAGACCUGUUUAUCGACCCUCCUGCCAAAUCUGCCAUUUCUAGCUUUCAGAAGAAGUUGAAGCAAAUCUCCGCAGAGAUAAAAGAGCGGAAUGCAAAUCUUGAGAUCCCAUACCCAUAUCUGCUGCCCGAGCGCAUUCCUAACAGCAUUGCCAUCUAA